GCCUUCUCUCCCGCCCACUGGGCGCCGCUGGCUAGCCAGGCCACAGAGUAAACCUCCGGCAGGGUAGAGUGACAACUCUCAAUCGGAAGUUACUUUUGAAGCUAAGGCAGCCAUAACUGAUAAUGGCAACGGGAGUCUUCCGGCCUCCCGUCUCCUGUGUGACGUAGUUUUCCCUUCGCCCAAUCUCACCGUUGCCCUGGGCAACAGCUGAGCCGUCUGGGAAGAGAUGCAUCUGUAAGUAGGCCCAAAAAAGAGACCAAAGUUCCUUCUGUAGGCUUGAAUCAAGAACUGUCAGUCAUCUUGGUCUUACUGAGUUGGAUGCCUAAAGCUGCAGGAAAAAGACCAGGUGAACUUCCAGGAAAAAACUGUAUCCAACAAUUCAGAUAUGGCGGAAAUGAAGUCAAUGUUCCGGGAAGUUCUCCCAAAACAAGGGCAGUUGUCUGUGGAAGAUAUAACCACUAUGGUGCUGUGUAAACCCAAACUUUUACCCUUAAAAUCUCUGACUCUGGAAAAACUGGAGAAAAUGCAGCAAGCAGCACAGGAUACGAUUCGCCAACAAGAAAUGGCAGAAAAGGAACAACGGCAAAUAACUCACUGAAUGA